AUGUCUACAGAAUUUAAGUUUGAUUCACAACAUCCUCCGCAUGAUAGAGCUAUUAUCAGUGACUUCGACGAUUUUGCGAUAAAUUAUUGUGGUUUAGAAGGAUUCACCUUUUUUGUGGCUCAUUGCUUGUUUCAUGGGAUAGUUGAGUAUCUAAAAGGCCGUUUGGUUGAAGUAAGCGAUUACGAGCAAAUAAUUAAGCUGGUUAUACAAGAUGAAUUCUUCAGUCAUCCUGGAAAAAUUGUGAGUUCAAAAAGUAAUUGUGAAAAGUAUAUUCCUCCUUUCUUUCCUUUAAAAGGUUAUGAGAGCUCUAGGUCAAACAUACCUAUAAAGUUGGUAUCACCUUUAGAGAAUGCAUGUAAAUUUGCUAUUCGCUGUAUAUCAAACAAUCCUAAUACUUUAAUAUCAAAUAAAUCGUCUAAAAUACAGAAGUUUUUAUUGAAAUGGCAUAAGGUUUGUCCUCAAAAUAAUAUGAAUGCAAAUAUGGCUCCUAUACUUGCUGCUCGUUUGGAUUUUAAGAGAAAUUCCUUAAAUUUGAAAGAACUUGAUAAUAAGGAGAUCUGUGAGAUUGCUCGGACAAUAUCCCAAACUUCACCUACUGAAAGAGUUAAUAAAUGUAAGGAAUUAAUUUCCAUAGAUGCUUCUGAUUUACUGUGUGAACAAGUAGCUCCGUAUAAGAUUAAGUUUCCUAAUUGGCUUCAACCCCCAGUUGAUCCACGAACAGAUGAAGAAUUUGUUUUUGAUGAGAAAACUAUGAUUGAUGAGAGGCUAAAUCAUAUAGUGAAGAUAACUAUAUCCUCAAAGUUGCCAGAUUAUUGUAUUCCUGAAGAGAUAUUUACAUUUUCUCCUACCAAAGAUAUGAUAACUUCAAAUGUAAGACAUAUCUUUACAGGUGUAGAUUUGUCGGCUGAAGAGCACUCACUUGUUAAAAAUUUCUUGAUGUAUUAUGUGAUUAACUUUGGAAAAGUUCCCCGAUAUAUUUUUGAAAAUAGAGUUAGAUAUGCAUUGGAUGGUUGGUUGACACACAAGAACAAAUUUCCUAUAAUGGCUUGUCACAAUGCGAUGUACUCAAUAGGAAGAAAGCUUCUUUUACAAACAGGAAGUUCUACAGGCAUGAGGAAUUUAAAUUCAAAUAACAAGUAUCCUUACUUAUUGCGAAAUUUUAGUAUUUUUGGAACUUAUAAUGAUAACUUACAUAACUUUAACAUUAAAGACAAUGACCAUUUAUUAGUAAACUGUCUAUACAAAGGUUGUGCUUACUUCAUAGGCCGCAGUAGUAACCUAUCUCCAAUUCUUGUUAUAAGAUCACAAAAUAUAAUGUCUACCAAGAAUUUGAAGCAGUCUGCAACUUAUCUUAUCUUGUUUUUGAUGAAUUUUGCUGAAAAGUACUUGCUUGUUUCUGGAAAAGUAGAAACAAUAGAUGUCAUUAUUGACUGUCGCGGUAUCAGCUUAAUGAACUUGUCACUUUUGUUUAAGAUACGCCCUAUCCUUGCAUAUUGGAUGGAAGAGGGAAUAAUAAACAUGUUUCCUUUGCGAUUUCAUCGUAUAUUUAUUAUUCAAUCAAAUGAAAUAUGGGGGACAAUUAAAGAGAUGUUAGUAAAUUCAUGGCACCAGGAAACAUUAAACAACGUAAUUGUUCUAAGCAAUGUUCCUCAAAAUCCUAAAAACGAUGUAGAGUUGGAAAAUCUGAAGGAACUAUGGAAGUUUAUGUCUCCUUACCAAAUUGAAUCUGACAUUGGUGGUACUAGACCAAAGCUACAGAAUGGGGAAUUUUAUCCAUUUAAGAUUGCACAUGGCCCAUAUACACCACUUAUAUUGACAUCUAAUAUUACCAAUAUAAUGCCAAAAUUAAGUGAUUGGCCUCUGCCAAACACUGUUGCAAUUAAAAAUAUUUUAGGUUUAUUCCCGGAAGACUUCUUUAGAUUAAAAGGGGGAAUAAUACACAAUUUGGAAGGGAAAGAGACUUUUAAAUGGACGAAUGAUCAUAUUAAUUUAUUUUCCAAUAUACCACAUGUUUUAUGGCCUCCAAAAUUAUUAGAGUUUUAUGAAGGGAUAAAACCAGAUCAGAAAUAUGCUAAUAAUGAGGAAAGUAGAAAUGUAAAUAAACUAAGCGUAGAGAUAACGCCAUUAAACUCAGAGAUAGAUAAGUUACUGGAUUUAAAUAAAACUACCCAGUUAGAUCAAGUAAAUACAUAUCAGAUUAGGAGCUAUGAAGAAUUGAGCAGAAAUACUUCUGGAGCUUUUAUUUUGGGUGAUAGAAAUUUAAAUUUUGAUGUACAUGACUAUUUUUUAUUUAUAAACACUUUGAACUUUUUAACAAGGAUUUAUACUAUUCGCAUGAAGUACAGUACAUUAACUUCACUGAAAUCUAGUAUAUGUGCUGAUAUUAGAUUGCAGAAUCUAGCUCACUUUAAUGAACUUAUGAAAAAUCUCACAACUAGAGUCAACAAAUUAUCUUUCCCAAAAUGGAAGAAAGAGAAAAUGCAAGAAACUAAGUUAAAACUGAUAUUCAACACGUAUAAUUAUAUACUCGUACAGAUUAACAGAAUCUCAAAUGAGUCAAGUGGAAUACUAGAUACGCUAAAAUUUUGGCAACAACAAGCCCUGAAAUUUGGAGAUCGUAUCGAAAGGUUUAGGACUAUUGGAUUACACAAGGAUAAAUACUUGCCUUUAAAUAUUGAAUUUCCUAGAGAUAUUAGUCUACAAACUUAUAGUAAAACCGAUAUUGUUAAGUUGUUAGUUUAUCUUCAGCACAUAAAUAAUGAAACUGUAACUAAGGAACAGCAGCUACGUGAUGUAACCAAGAGUAUUGAGGAACUUUGCAGCAGUUUGAAUUCUGUACCUGAAAUCAUAUCGUCCUUUAUGAAUCAAUAUUAUUGCUAUGAUUAUUUCGGAAUGGUCAUUAAUACACACAUUAUUAAUCAAACUGAUACUUUGUUAAGGAAGAUGUCUAAUGCUUUAGAACAAGUUGAACUUCAAAACUAG